AUGGAGUACUCGCCAAAGCUAGCGGCGGCACUGCUCUUAGCUCUCGCGUCCGCCAUGAUCGUCACCGCCCAGAACGGGGCCGAUGACAUGCUGAACGCCCACAAUGAAGUGCGCGCCGCCGUCGGUGUGGGGCCAGUGACGUGGGACCCCAUAGUGGCGGCGUACGCGCAGUCGUACGCGGAGAAGCGCCGCGCCGACUGCCAGCUACUACUCUCUCCGGAGGUGCGCCCAUACGGAGAGAACCUUUUUCGGGCCGCUGGGGCCGAAUGGAAUGCGGUGGACGCAGUGAUUUAUUGGGCGUCCGGGAAGCAGUACUACGACCACGCCACCAACACCUGCUCCGCACCUACGGGUGAGUCGUGCAUGGGAUACCUACAGUUGGUGUGGAGGGACACCAAGACCAUCGGCUGCGGCGCUGUCCUCUGUGACGGCAACGCUGGCGUGUUUGUCAUCUGCAGCUACAGCCCGCCCCCCGUGCUCGGGCAGAUUCCAUACUAG